AUGUCCGGCCGCGGCAAGGGCGGGAAGGGUCUGGGCAAGGGCGGCGCCAAGCGCCACCGGAAGGUGCUGCGGGACAACAUCCAGGGCAUCACGAAGCCGGCGAUCCGGCGGAUCUUCCUCGAGAACGUCAUCCGCGACGCCGUCACCUACACCGAGCACGCCCGCCGCAAGACCGUCACCGCCAUGGACGUCGUCUACGCGCUCAAGCGACAGGGCCGCACCCUCUACGGCUUCGGCGGCUGA